AUGAGGCAUCGGAAAUCAGGAUUGCCAGGGAGACAGAUGAUGCCUGAGGAUUUGCCACAGCUGGAGUGCUGCAAAUGUGAAAGUCUCCUUUCAGAAUCCACUGCCCAGACCCCACCUCCUGUGGCAGGAGGUCAAGGGAUUGAUUAUGGGAAAAAAAUUUGGGUGAACGGCUAUGAACUGAUGGUGUUUAUAAGGAGCGGGAGAGAGCACAGUAAAAUAAAACCAGUAUCCUUCACAAAAAGGGAAGAGUUCAUUUCCUUGGUGAAGCUGUACAAAGGGCUCAAAUGCAAACUCGCCCACCUUGCACAGACAGGGAAAGAAUAUUGCAAGCUCUUCAUUGGCCUCAAAUGGGAGAAAGAACCACACAAGAAGCAAGAACUGGGUCAAAUGACUGAAGCCAAGUUCUGGUUGGGAAAACAUAUUUUACUCUUUUUCUAUUCCUGUUCUGUUGCAGAUUUUGACUUGAACUAUUUUUGGCAUUGGAGCAAGUUUACAGACUACGUGCAGUGUGUCCUGACCUUCACUGGUGUGACCGGUUACAUCACUUACCUCUGGCUCGACUCAUCUCUCUUUGUGGAAACGCUGGGCUUCCUUGCAGUGUUCACCGAGGCCAUGUUAGGCGUUCCCCAGCUCUACCGUAACUACGAGAACAGGUCUACAGAAGGAAUGAGUGUCAAGAUGGUGCUGAUGUGGACCAGUGGGGACACGUUCAAGACUGUUUAUUUCAUCCUGAAUCAAGCCCCUUUCCAGUUCUCCAUCUGCGGCCUCCUGCAGGUUUUUGUGGACAUCGCUAUCCUGUUGCAGGUGUACUUGUACAGCCACUACCCUCAGAAGCCCGUCUCCCACGCUGCCCACCCAGCCAGCACCAAGGCCCUGUGA